CAAGAAUAAACACGGAUGUGGAACAACAGCUUUGUUGUAGCAUGUUUCCGCAAUAAAUCCACGCAUCACGAACAAGUCCCCAGAGAUUUAGGCUUGAAAGUCCUCUUACUGGCAGCCUACCUUGGUGAAGAUGCCCAAGUUCCGGGAGCUGGGAGCACGGUCAGCUUCCUUCCCUGUUUCCUCGUUGACCGCUGACCCCAGCAGUCUGAUAGCUAAGAGAUACAUUAUCCAGCAGAGACUGGGCCGUGGGAGUUUUGGCACGGUGUAUCUUGUGCACGACACCAAAUCCAGAGAGGGAGAAUACUUGAAGGUGCUGAAGGAGAUUCCUGUUGGUGACCUUAACCCCAAUGAGACAGUGCAGGCCAACCUGGAGGCCCAGCUCCUAUCUCAACUCCACCACCCUGCCAUUUUGAAAUUCUUCUCCAGCUUCCUUGAGAGGGACACUUUCUGCAUAAUAACAGAAUACUGCGAGGACAAGGAUUUGGACUAUAAGAUCCAGGAGCUCAGAGAGACAGGAAGGACACUCCCAGAGCAACAGAUCACAGAGUGGUUCAUUCAGUUACUGCUGGGUGUCCACUACAUGCACCAGAGGCGAAUACUCCACAGAGAUCUAAAGGCUAAAAACAUUUUUCUGAAGAAGAACAUUGUUAAAAUAGGUGACUUUGGAGUGUCUUGUCUUCUCAUGGGGUCACGUGACUUAGCCACCACCUUUACUGGGACACCAUAUUACAUGAGCCCUGAGGCUCUCAGCCAUCAGGGAUACAACUCUAAAUCUGACAUCUGGUCCUUGGGUUGCAUCUUAUAUGAGAUGUGCUGCCUGGAGCAUGCCUUCAACGGACACAGUUUCCUUACAGUUGUUAUGAAGAUUGUGGAAGGGGGAACCCCAGCUCUCCCAGAGAAAUACUCCAAGGAGCUCAAUUCAGUAAUGCAAAGUAUGCUGAAUAAGGACCCAGAUCAGAGGCUGUCUGCAGGGGAUAUGCUGAAGAUGAAGUUCAUUGAGGAGAACAUGCAUAGCAUAAAACACAAAUUUUCCAGCUUGACGCUGAAAGACAAAACAUUGAAGAGUGAGAGAGAUGCUGCAAAGAUCAUGAGAGCUCUCCAAAACAAGGUUCACCUGCAGACCCUGCGGGAGAAGUCGGAGUUCCAGAAGAUGACACCAAGGGAGCGCAUGAGGCUGAGGAAGCUGCAGGCUGCGGACGAGAAGGCCUGGAAACUGAAGCAGCUCGCUGAAGAGAAAUAUGAGGAAAACUACCGACGGAUGCAGGAGCUGCGGUGCCGGAAUUUUCAGAAAGUCAGUUUGGAUGUCCUGAAUGAGAGCAUGGCUGAGGUAGCCAGCAAGACCCAGCCAAUAACAGCGCGAGACUACCAAUCUCUGGGAUGCCCACAGCCAACGGACAAGCAGCACCCGGACAGACUGUCAAUGUCUGAGCCUGGAGAACAAGAGAUCCCAGAGGAUCCACUGACUGCCGAGGCAUACUAUUAUGAAGAUGGAUUUGAAUCCUGCUCCGAUGAAGAAGAAACAGGAGAGGAGGAGAAAGACUUUGAGAACUCUUUGGACACUCUCCACAGAACGUGUGGGCAGGACAGUGACAUGGAAGCCAUGGUGAAGUACAUGGAGAAUGUUCUGGACACUGAGUCCAGUGGAUCAGAAACGGUGACAGAAGAAGCCCAAGUGGGACCCCAGGGGCCCGGUGUCAUCAACUGCACAAUGGCUGAGACCAGAUUGCAGCGUAUGAGGGAGUCAAUUAUGGACAGACUGGGUGCAGAGGUGUUCCAGAAAGUGUAUGACUACCUGAAGAAGGCAAGAGAGCAACAGGAGAGUGAGGCUGACAUCAAAGACUUCCUGGGAAAGUUGGUGGAGAAGCCCAGUGACUGCUUUGAGGUGGACCAGCUGCUGUACUAUGAAGAACAACUUCAGAAGAGUCGAGAGGGUCAGGAAUGACAAGCUCAACCACACAUACAUGCACUUGCAUACACACACACACACACACACACACCAGCAUGCAGGCAUGCACACAUAUAUACAUACAUAUGCAGUUUGCACACAUCAUUUUCUUCCUAUCACACACAACAUUCAAAGCUGACACACAUUUAUGAAGAACACUACAUAACUAGUGAAACAAGGGAACAGAAAAAACUGACCAUGUGUCCUAAGGUAGCCAGUGGAUGCCAUACUGUGAAUUCCCCCUUAUCCCUGAAUGUGUGCAAUGGAAUUCUCAUUUCUGAACUUUGUAACUUAUUUUAUAUGGAAACUUCUUUGCAUGGCCAGCAAAGAUCAUGGUUCUAUGCUAGUUUAAACAGCAUAAUCAACUUUUCUGUUGUUUACAAAGGCUAAUUCUGAUUACGCUUUAGAUUUACACUCCGAAGGAGGGCACAGCUAGCUUGAGACUAAUGUGUAAUAAUAAUAUUAUGAAUAAUACUGAAUGUUGAUUAACGCUUUGCGGCAUCUGCAUCAGGGAUUUUUGUAUUAUCUGUAUUAUUAUCUGUAAUGCAUUGCAAUCAUGUAGCAGGGGUAUGGAAGAGAUGAUUAAAUAAAAAGCCUGAGACUAUUUUAAUUGCA